AUGAGUAGCAGUUUGCCAUCCGAAUCACCUUGCCAGGAGCCGACGAAGCGCAGACGGAAGGUCAAGACUGGCUGCCGCACCUGCAAAAUCCGAAGGGUAAAGUGUGAUGAGGGCCGCCCAGCUUGCCACCGCUGCGUCUCUACAGGAAGAGUCUGCGACGGCUACGGGAUCUGGGGCGGAGGCGGAAAUCGGUACGAGCAACGCAUAGGUGCUCCUGUUUGUACUCGGAAGCCUAUCAGCAACGUCAAUUCGAUUAAGCUCCUCAUCAAGAAAGUCCCAGCUUUCGGUCCAGUAAAAGCAGCAAGCGCAGAGGAGCGAGAAUUCUUCGAAUGGUUCAAAUGUCGCACAUCCACCAAGCUUCCAGGCGCAUUUGGCACAUCGUUCUGGAGCUCUGUGGUAUUCCAGGCUAGCUCAAGCGAGCCUGCAGUACUGCACGCGGUUCUGGCGCUGAGCUCGGCGCAUAAACGCAAGGAGCUCGAUAGUAUCGGCCGCGACAGGUCGCGUGUGCCGCCAGAUAAGCAAGAGGCGUUUAUGCUGCGGCAGUACAGUACAGCGAUCGGUUAUCUCCAGCCGAACCUCUUGCCCAGUGGAAAGGGUUCAGUACGAGUCGCUUUGAUUACGUGCUUGGUCUUCAUUUUCUUGGAGUUCGUUCGAGGGCGCUAUCAGGCUGGCUGCGUCCAUCUGGAGAAUGGACUGCGACUUAUCAAGGACCUUGAGCCGGCGUCGCGGUCAAACGGGAGCUUGCUUGCCAAAGGGACAACGCGGAGCGCCGGGAUCGACUCUCUCGAUACCUCGCUUACUGAGCUCUUCACAAGGCUGCAAGUCCAGGCGGCCAUGUUCGGCCAGCAUGUUCGGCAAUACGACCCUACUCCGACACUCUUGGAAACUGCGCUUCCAACCCUAAAGUUCGGAUCAGCGAACGAGGCGCGCAAUCAUCUUGACAUGAUAUUCAACGGUAUCAGUCAUAUCACAGAGGAAUACGACCGGAUAUCGGAGUCGGGAUCCUACGCUGAAGGCCUCCAGGCUCUGUUAUGCAAUGACCAAGCGUUUAUCCACGCGAGCCUUAACGCGUGGCUGCGGACCUAUGAGGCCACUGUACCAGACGCAAACUUCAGAAAAUGUUCUCUUGAAGGUUUUGCCUACCAACUUCUUCGCGUUUACUACACCAUGGCCUCUAUAAUGACAGCGACCUGCCGAUCGCUGCAAUGCCAAGUCGUCUUCGAUCUCCACACGCCGAAGUUCCUCUCCAUUAUUGACCACUCGAUUCAGAUAUCCAAGGCGGUCUCAAGCCCCGAGAUACAAGCCAGCUGGGGCUCGCAUCCCGAAAUGUCGGCAUCGACGUCUGAUAUAGGCUGGAUCCCUCCACUAUACUAUACGGCGCUCAAGUGCCGUAACCACUGCAUCCGGGUCCAGGCCGUGCAGAUGCUUCAAUCGCGUUCACACAAGGAGGGCAUAUGGGACUCGAAGCUAGCCUCGAGUGUUGCCAACGAAGUGAUCCGUAUCGAAGAAGGAGAUGUGUACGGAGAAGCGAGAGAUACUUUUCCGCUGGACGAGCUACCUGGAGAUGAUCACUUGAAGACGCCCAUGUUACCCGAAACUAGACGGAUGCAGAAAGUAGACGUCGUACUCCCAAAGAACGACACGGACAGGAUUGAAUUGGUAUGUAAGAGAAGGAAUGACGGCGAAUGGAAAGUUAUCCACAAGGCGUAUGACGACUCGACGGGGUGUUGGGUCCAUGUGCCGCUGAAGAAGAAAGGAUAG